AUGUCUCGAAAUUUAUCAAUUUCUCUGGAAGAUGUGAAGCUGGACCCAACUGUAAGAAUACUUACAAUCAUUGAACUGGUCUACAGUAUUCCUUCAUUCAUUCUUCUGAUAUGCUUCCAAUUUUUGUUAGGGAUUUCGAAAGUAUAUGCAAAUUCAUUUUAUAGACUAGUUCAGUUGGCUUUGUUAACUAACACUUUUGUCUACUUGAAUACAUGGAUUGCAGUUCGAAUGGAGAUGCAUCCAUCUUGUAUUUUAAUUUUAAAGGUCAUUGAAGUAUGGCUACCAGGAUUUUUGACAUGGGCUAAAUAUCUUACUUGGUGGUUUUUGCAUAUACAAUUUCUAUCGGCUUCUUCGCUGACCGUUCACCGAAUUUCUUCAUUUUGGUGGCCUCAAACCUAUGAAAAGUUCUGGACAAAAUGUUAUUUCUAUGUUGGUGCAGCAUUCAUAUUCUACAGUUUUCUGCCAACUUUGACUUGGUUUGAUUUUGCAAAUGAAAUCCUUAUCGUGGACGAUAAACUGAUGAGAUCCAGAAAUCCGGAAAUAAUUAUUAAAGCUACAAAUGUGACGGCUGUAUUUACUGUUGUUUAUUUUAUAAUUCUUUGUGUGCUGGGAAUUAUAACAUCCGUAAUGAUUGGUAAAAAUAAGCAAGCUCUCUCCGCCGUAUACGAAAAAAUUGCCAAGAAACUCACUCAUAUCGCAAUUGUCCACUGCGUCGUGUUUGCUGGAAUUUUAUUAUGGAGUGUUCUCACUUCAUUGAACUCAUAUUGGAACUUUAUCCCAAGUGUUAUUAUUGCAAUUAAUCAAACCCUAAUGGUGUUUUCUUCGGAUUUGAUGACAUUAUCACUACCAUAUAUUCUCUUAUUUUUUGACAGUAAUGUUCAAAGACAAUUCAUGCAAAAGUGUGUUCGGAAAAACAACUCUCUGUCGACUGUCUUUGUACUUUCGAAUUAG